AAUAACAUCCACACCACUAUCCAAGAUGGACAAGCUAUCGCUUGAAACCAUCAUCCACAUCGUUGGAUACCUCCCCAACGCCGACCUCAAGUCCACGCGACUUACGGCGAGGGUAUUCCGGGUCAUCUGCAUCCCGUACCUCCGCACUCGCGCCUAUGCUUCCGUACACGAGAAAGACUUUGCGGUCCUGAACUCCAUCUCCGAGCAUCCAAUCAUGCGAUUGUCUGUUCGCGAGAUUGUCUAUCCCGGCAUCCACUUCCGGGAAGACUCGGUCCCGGCCGGGACAGGACAACGAGGAUCCAGAGCCGCCGCAGUGCAACUUCGGCACCCCGUUGUCUCGAGCAUAACCCUCCUCCCGCUAUGGCCCCACUAUGGCUUCGUCACAACGUGCGAGGCGAUCUCGGAUGCUGGAGUCCGUGUCGAGUCAUUCGAUGUGGACUAUGCCAAGUGGGACCUGGGGCCAGGCACCUGCCGGACAGAAGCCUGCCCGGUUGAGGAAGCAGAGGCCAGCGACAACGAGGAUGAGGAUAUGGUAGACAUCGACGAUGAAGCCAACAUGGACACCGACACCGACAGCGACACCAGCAUGGCUGACGACAGCGACAACGAGGCUGACGACGCUGGCCGGGACUUCGAGUAUCGCCAGCUCGGCAACUGCCGUUACUGGUGGGCGAGCGGAGCUCCUGAGGUUGCGAAUGCUGAUGCUGGGAAUCCCGAUGCUGCAAACUCCAACUAG